GAAAAAAUGAUCGUUGAGGUCACCGGAGCUGUGGUCCGAGAAGGAAAAGUGGAGCAGAAUCUGCCCAACCACAACAAGUUCAGUCAGCUAGCGGAAAACAAAAACAACAACAAUGCCAGCCCAGCAGGAGUAGUAAACAAAAGCAACCAGCUGGUGGUGAAGAACACCACGGACACAACGGCUUUUUACAAGCUCUUGAAGAUAGUUGACGGAUGUUACUUUGGUCGCCCAUUCCCGAGUUAUCCCGAGUCGGAACCAAGGGACAUCCAGCAACUGCUGCAGCUGCAAAUUAAAGCUGCGCGCAAUCCCGUUCGAUUGCAACUGGGGGGUUGCAAAUCGCAAUUCAGUUCAGUUCCAAGUACCAAGUACAAAACGUGUUCGCCUACCACCGAUCCGGUCCGGGCGCUAUAAAGCUAGCCAGCUAGCAAACAAACGUGAAUCGUAUAAAUAAAUAAAUCUUGCAUAUCCAUAAUUAACGAAUCUAAAUUUACCCGAAUAUAG